AUGACUCCGUCUAAGUUUAAUGAUCUCUUAAGUUUGCUAAAAGACAACUUAAAAAGAUUUUCUAAGAGACAGCCAAUUGACGCGGAGACUCGUUUGGGCAUAACAUUAAUAUACCUGUCUCAAGGUUGUAGUCCGCAGUUUUUAGUGUGGACUUAUAAGAUGGGCGAAUCCACAAUAAGGAAGGUUGUUUAUGAAACAUGCGAUGCUAUUUGGAAGAAUCUUCAUGGCAAAUAUGUUACCCAGCCUAAUCAGCAGGACUGGAAGAAUAUUUCUAACAGGUUUUAUGUGAAAACAGGAAUCCCGCAUUGCCGCAUUGUUGAUGGCAAACACAUCAAUAUAGUUUGUCCAGGAAACUCUGGUUCCAUUUUUUACAAUUAUAAAAAGACAUUUAGUAUUGUCCUAAUGGCGGUGUGUGAUGCCGAUUAUAAGUUUUUGUUUAUUGACAUUGGAGCACUGGGAAGUCAAAGCGACGGUGGAAUCUUUGCUCGGAGUGCUUUUGGAAAAAUGAUAUUAAGAAAUAAUAUUGAACUUCCCCAAGAAGAUAGCCUUCCUGGCACAAACAAAUCAUUCCCCUACUUCUUCGUGGGAGAUAACGCACUUCCCCUUAAACAAAACCUUAUGCGCCCAUACCACGGUAGAAAUUUGUCUGCAGUUAAACAGAAUUUUAAUAAAAAAUUAUCUGCUGCUAGGGUACAUAUUGAAAAUAGUUUUGGGAUUUUAUCUAACAGGUGGAGAAUUCUCCACAAAGUUAUUCACGCCUCACCCAAGAACGUUGAUAAAAUCGUUUUGGCCACCGUAUCUCUCCACAAUUACCUUAUGGCGGAUAAAAACAGUGGUUACUUCGUGGACAAUUUUGUGGAUCAUGAAGAAAAUGGAAUUUUUACCCCUGGAACGUGGAGAAAUUCUUCUGAACGUUUGCAAUCUUCGCGAAUUUCUCAAGCAAACCGUUCAUCCAGUGAAGUUUUUGCAUUGAGAGAAGAAUUGGCAGCCUACCUAAUGAAUAAUUAA